AAGAUUCGACUCAAACAACCGACUCCUUCGUGAAGGACACAUCACCUCUGGAAGUCUUAAUGGACGUCUUCAGAAACAGGAACAUCUUAGAGAAAAGCACCAGGAGGACUGAGUUAUAGUGUAGUUAUAGUAUAGUGUAUGUUGUGUAGUUUGUGUUUUAUCGUUUGAGAAGGAAAUGUUUAAAGCAGGGGAAAAAAAACUCCUGUAGAUCCGCUUUACUCAGAUCCUGGUGUUAACAGUCGGGCUGGAAGUGUGUGUGUGAGAGAGAGAGAGGGAGAAAGAGCGACACACCCGUGUGUGUGUGUGUGUGUGUAUGUGUGUGUGAUCGCAGUGGUGUGUGGAUGUGGACAUCCUGUAAGCUUCACAGAACAAACACUACUUCUGUUCCAUGCUUUUAUUUCCGCCAUCGUCCAUUUUUUUGCUCUGCUGCUCGGACAGGUGUUCGGACGACAGCGGAGGAGACGAAAUCGAUCCGGUCGCACUUACGAAGACAUUCACAAGACGGACUUUUCAAGAAAAGAAAGCUGGACCUCGUGAGGAAACGUCGGCCAGACAAUUCAAAACGGGCGGUGAUUAGAGGUCAGGCUGGAUACAAUGCAGGCAAGUCAAGAACAAGCGAGCAACACUGAUCAGGUCUCAGAAGACGACAUGGCCGAGGGAGAUCUCGGGGACGGGAGUCAGUCACGGAACAGGAGCAAAGGGGACUUCUCGGAUGUGCUACUACCCCAGGCUAGAGGCUCGAAACGGGGCAGUGAGUGCAGCGGUGGAUCUUUCUCCUGGACGUCGUGCAGUGCGAUGUACACGGCUUUCAGAAACGAGCUGGAGGCAGAGAGGAUCUCUCGGUGGAGGGCCAGAGACUCAGAGAGCAGCGGUGGUGAGUCCAGCGAGGAGCUACAGAGGAGACUGCAGGAAGUCACUGAGGAAAUGGAGCUGUUGAGGACCGAAUUGGAAGUGACACAUCGACACCUCGAAGGCAAACACGAAGCUCUGAGAAUCCUGCAAGGCCAAGCGAUAUUAGAUAAAGCCACCAGUCACACCAAGAUCUUACUGCAGAAGAGUGAAGAGCGGAACAAGGCUCUAGAAAAGGAAGUGAACGCCCUGCAGUGGGAGAUCACCUUCAACCAGGUGCGGUUUAAGAACGUGGAGCAGGCCUGGGAGCUCAAAUACAACCGCGUGUGUGCAGAGAACCAAGCGUUGAGGAAAGCCCUGGAUGAGAGGCUGGAACAGUUCCAGGAGCUGCACAGAGAGAACGCGUCAUUGAGUCAGCAGUGUCUGGAGCUCCUGGGCUUACUAAGCUCUCGGGAAAGAAGAGACUUCCAGAAGACGCAGCCACCCUGCAGCCAACGCAGAGAGGGAUCUGCACUGGAGCUGGCCGUGUACGGGGCGUGUAAGUGCAGCUCCGGUGCAGGAGAGCCGUGUUCCUGCGCUAAGAGCUCAGCUGCGAGCCGAAAGCAGGUCCUUCAGCUUAAACAAGAGCUGGAGCUGCAGAGGAGAAGGAAGGACGAAGCGUAUGUGAUGGUGGAUGCAUUCAGGAUUGCGUUCGAGCAGCAGCUGAGGAGAGGGAGCGAGAAAGUGCUGCAAUUGGCAGAAAGUGACGUACACACACCGGACAGAGGUGUGUUUACUUACACACACUUCUCAUCUAAUAUUAAUGGUGUACUCAUUUUUGUAAUAUCACCGUCUAACGUACCGUCGUGUGAUCGCAGGGAAGCAGGGCUCGGCUGGCGUGACUCGGGCCCUCAAGAGGUUUCUGCCGUCUCUCCGAGAAGGAAAGGUCCUGAGCAACCGAGAGAAACCCUGCAGCUGCUGCUCGACCUGCUCAGCGAUAAAGAAGAGGCUUUGGCCCACCAGAGGAAGGUCAGCUUUAUGUUAGCACGGAGCUACGAGGACCUGGAGAAGCGUCUUCAGGCACAGCUCAAGGAGUCGGAUGUCUCGCACCAAGGGGGCGACCCGAGACCACAGUCGGAGGAAUCCAAAUCCACGGCGGACUCCGGUCAUCCGUCAUGUCUGUGCGAUGACACACCGGUGGUCACGGAUGAGCAGGAGGAAAAGACAAAAGCGGAGGAUUCGCAAAAUGAAGACGAGGACGAUUAAACAGGGCGUUAUACCACAUUGUUUACAGAGUUCAGAAGUUUCUCCAAAGACUGAGUUUUAAUUAUUUUUAUGAAAAAUUAGACUGAAUCAGCUUUUUGUUUCAUCGUCAUCACACCAAAUCACAGGCCUGAUCCAGGAGUUAAUAUCGAGCUAGAAACACUUCACAUUGUGUUGUCUUGUUUUGCACAUUUAUCCAGUUUGUAUUUGGCUUCACUUCACAAUCGAAACAUAUUUGGAUCCAAAUGAAGUUCAAGUGGUUUUUGUGAGUCCAAAGCAGAUUUACAGAGAGAUAAAGAGGUUAUAAAGUAUGAAUUUAUAUG